AUGGGGAAGAAACAGCCGUACAUUCCGCCGCUCGUCGGCUGGCUGUAUGACCUGGUCUUGUGGAGCUUCUCCGUGCUCAUCGACCUCUUCUUCCGCGAGGUGCAUCCCCGCGGAUCAUGGAAGAUUCCCCGGCGCGGUCCCAUCAUCAUUGUUGCCGCCCCUCAUGCAAAUCAGUUCGUCGACUCGCUCGUCCUCAUGCGCGUCAUUCGCAGCGAAGCUCACCGUCGGAUUUCAUGGCUCAUUGCGGAGAAAUCGUUUCGCCGCAAGUUCAUUGGUCUCUUGGCCAGAGGUAUCGGAACUCUGCCCGUCGCGCGGGCAAUGGACAACUUGAAACCCGGCACUGGCACCAUCUACCUUCCCGAUCCGAUCAACCAGCCCAACCUCCUGCGCGGAGUAGGUACCAACUUUGAGGGCCCCGGCUUUGAAGUGGAAGGAACUAUUGCACUGCCUACAAUCAACGGAACCUCGCACAGUACGGCUAUUGCGGAAAUUCAUGGACCCGAGGAGUUAAUUCUCAAAAAGCCAUUCAAGCACAGGGAUGCCUUGUCCCAAUUGACGGGCCGGAAGGACAUUGAUAGUGAGGGAAACUUCACAGGAAAUGCGACCGAUCAGGACUCCGAAUUUAAGGGGACCAAGUUCAAAGUGGCGCCGCAUGUGGAUCAAACUGCUGUUUACGAGGCUGUUUUUGCCAGACUGAAUGCCGGAGGCUGCGUGGGCAUCUUCCCUGAGGGCGGUAGCCAUGAUCGGCCUUCCCUUCUUCCUCUGAAAGCUGGUGUUGCUCUCAUGGCUCUUGGAACUCUCGCGGAUAAUCCGGAUUGUGGUCUGAAAAUCGUCCCCUGCGGUAUGAAUUAUUUCCAUGCACACAAGUUCCGUUCUCGUGCUGUGAUUGAAUUUGGUAGCCCGAUCGAAGUCCCGAAGGAACUGGUAGACCGGUUCAGAGAAGGCGAGCGCCGGGAGUCGGUGGGUGCACUUUUGGAUAUCAUCUAUCAAAGCUUGGUUGCAGUCACUGUCACCAGUCCUGAUUAUGAGACAUUGAUGGUUAUCCAAGCUGCCCGUCGCCUUUAUAACACCAGGGGCAAGAAGCUUCCUCUUCCUAUGGUUGUGGAGCUCAACCGUCGUCUUGUCACCGGAUAUGCCCAUUUUAAGGAUGAUCCACGCAUUGUGAGUCUGAAGAAGGCCAUUGUCGAUUAUAACAAGCAACUUCGCAUUCUUGGCAUUCGAGACCACCAGGUGAACUACGCCAAGUUCUCCAUCGUCCAGGUCGUCGCCACUCUGAUCUAUCGGUUGGGCAAAUUGGUACUGCUUACCAUUGGCACCCUGCCAGGUCUGAUGCUUUUCACUCCCGUUUUCAUUGCAACCAAGUAUCUGUCGAUCAAGAAGUCUCAGGAAGCGUUGGCUGCUUCUUCUGUCAAGCUGCAAGGACGCGAUGUCAUGGCCACAUGGAAACUGCUUAUCGCAUUGGCAUUUGCCCCGGCUGUUUACGCGUCCUACACGGCCACCUUCACGUAUUGGACCUAUCGAAACCGCAUCCAAGGUUACAUGCCUGACUGGGUGCCUCUCUGGCUGGUAGUGGUGAUCGGUGUUUUCCUGUUUCCCACCAUCACUUUCGCUGCCCUCCGCAUUGGUGAAAUUGGCAUGGACAUCGUCAAGUCGCUUCGGCCCUUGGUCUUGUGUCUCAACCCAUCCCCAUCCAACCCGCUGGUGAAGCUCCGCGCAACCCGUGCGGCGCUCGCUCAGCAAGUGACCGAGGCCAUCAACACUAUGGGACCAGAGCUCUUCCCGGACUUUGACGCUGCUCGAAUCGUCUCAGGCCCCUUCCGGGAGCCCAACCACGAGGAAGCAGUUGUGGACGGCGACGAACACCUCCCAGGACUCAAACGCAUUCGUACCUCCGACCAGGGGGAGGACUUACCGACCUCUGAGCCUCUCCCUCGCAACGAGUCGUUCCACAACCUGGCCAACAUUGGCUUCUUCUCCACGCGGCCUCCGAGUCGCAACCGUAGCCGCAGCAGCUCUUCUGGGCCGCGGCCGGGUUCGCGGCACGUUUUGAAGCCGCUGAGCCCUAUGACCCCCAAGGAUCCCUUGGAGGAUGUCAGUUCUCGCAUCCGAGAUGCCAUGCGAGAGCGUGGAGAACGACGUCGUCGCCGCAGUGAAGAUGGAAGCUGGGACAUGGCCAGCUCGGGCACCCGAACACCCUCCAGUGGUGAUGAAGGGCGCAAGGAUCUAUGA